AUGUAUGACGUCUUUCGGCAGCUGGGCGAAGAAGCUGCCAAACUGUCCUCUGCGUCCGAAUCGGUGCUGGGUCUGAUCAGGGGCAUAACCAACAGAGCGCUCGACGGUCUUGUAGAGGCACCCAGAAACCACCAGAAGCAAUCCACGCGAUCGGCCAAUGACAACAGUCUCAUCGAGGUCGAGGUCUCACAUGUCGGGCGUCCAUAUGACAACGACGACAACGACGACAACGACGACGGGGACUGGCAGGUCGUCUCCGUCUCCGAGAAAAUCGAUGCACAGAUCGCAGCAAAGCCGACAAUUCCGCUGGAAGAUGACUGGAUAGUCUGCAGCUUAGACAAAGACGGUUCCGUCUCUGUGAUCAACCUUCAGGAGCCACCAACACAGCGCCCGGGGGCAGCACCACAUCCUAUACCAUCCCCGGCCACGUCUGCUGACCUGUGGCGGUCGAUCCAGGUCGAUCUGUGCCAGGCCAACCCUCCGAUGCACACUGCAGCCAAGCUGACGGCAUAUAUCUGCCUUCGUGACAAGGAGACACGGCUUGCUGAGCAAAAAUUCUGA